AUGUGGAGGAGAGUUUACUUUCUGCUCAUCUUGGUGCGCGUCUACUUUGCGCUGUCGCCGAGCUAUCUACACCCCGACGAGAACUUCCAGGGGCCCGAGGUCAUAGCUGGACGCGUCUUUUCUUACCCCGUCCACGAAACAUGGGAAUUCACCUCCGCGAACCCGAUCCGCAGCACCUUUCCGCUAUGGCUUGCAUACGGCUGGCCCAUGUUUCUCCUGCGCUGGCUCUGGGAGGGAUUCGGAUACGACGUCUCACCCUCGGUGGUCUACUGGGCACUACGUGUGCUCAUGCUCACGCUGAGCGUGGUCAUGGAGGACUGGGCCGUACAUGAGCUGGUGGCAUCGCCGCGCGCGCGACGUGUCGCUGUCCCGCUGGUCGCGUCUUCGUACGUGACGUGGACGUUUCAGACGCAUACAUUUUCAAACAGCCUCGAGACACUAUUAGUGAGCUGGAGUCUAGUGCUAAUACAGAGGAUUGUCGAAGACAAGAAACGGUCCGGCAUCUUGGCCUCCUCCAUUCUGGGCUUCAUGGUCGUGGUGGGAGUCUUCAAUCGCAUUACAUUUCCUGCGUUCCUGCUUCUUCCUGCGUUCAGCCUGCUACCGCAUUUCUGGCGAAAGCCAUUUUCGUUCGUCUUCCUCGCUAUAUUUGCUCUCUUCACAGCUUUUGUCGCUAUCUGCGUGGACACGGCAUCUUAUACCCCUGGUGAAUUCGCCUUAUCAAAAGUCUUCAGCAAUGCGGUCAUUACUCCUCUUAACAACUUCCUCUACAACUCCGAUGCUGCGAACCUCGCUCAUCACGGCAUACACCCACGGUACCAGCAUUUCUUGGUCAAUCUCCCUCAACUACUCGGACCGGCCUUUCCACUCCUAUUUCUUCUACGCCGAGCACAUAUUAGUCCAAUCCUAGUCUCGGCAUUGUCAGGCAUCGCGUUGCUUAGCAUCUUCCCGCACCAGGAAGCUCGGUUCUUAACCCCGGCGGUACCACUCAUUCUCUCUUCGAUUCGUCUCCCGAGUCCUCGUUUCAAGAAUGCCUGGAUAUACACAUGGGUCAUCUUUAACCUUGCCCUUGGCACGUUGAUGGGUGUCUAUCACCAGGGUGGCAUUGUUCCUGUGCAGAUGCACAUCGCCAAAACAAAUGAGAUGGUCACGCACACGUUCUGGUGGAAGACGUACAGCCCACCAACCUGGCUUCUGAACGGCAAAAACGAAGAAUUGACAACAGUGGAUUUGAUGGGUAUCCCAGGCGACCAGAUGCUCGAGAAGGUCAAACAAGUCCUACCACCAUGUAGAACACGGAAACCCCCCCAGAUUGAAGGUCGGGGCGCGAUCUAUCUAGUCGCACCACGCUCAGCAUACUUCCUGAAGCCCUAUAUGGAUCCCAACCAGCAAGAAGAGAUCUCGCUCGACGAAAUAUGGAGCUACAGACAACAUCUCAAUCUAGAUGACAUGGAUUUCGCAGACGAUGGCUUCCUGGAGACCAUAGGCCGAGUAGUCGGCGACCGAGGACUCGUCGUUUGGCGCGUAACUCGGAACUGCUGGGCAACGCCCCAGUAA